AUGGCAACUGUUUUAGUCUGGGGUAAAGCUGCAACUGGUGCCCUUGGCUUGAGUGACUUUGAAGGUAGUUGUGUGACAGCUCCUCAGCAGCUGUGUUUAACGGAUGAUGUUGAGAUUGAGAAUAUCAGCAGUGGGUGCAAUCAUACUUUAAUCUGUCUCAAGAAUGGCUCCAUGCUUAGUUGUGGAGCUAAUGAUUUUAAACAGUGUGGACAAGACAUGCUUGUAUCUAAAUUAGGCCGUGUAGAGAGUUUAAGUGUUCAGCAUGUAAUCCACGUGGCUGCAGGCUCGGAGCAUAGUGUUGCUCUCACUCAGGCUCGUGAAGUCUUUACCUGGGGUAACAAUGACAGGGGACAGUUAGGUCGAGGAGAAGUUCUGAAGUCAGAGCAGGAAGUACCAAAAUUAGUGAAAUCUCUUGCUGUUUACAGUGUAUUACAAGUAGCCUGUGGCAGUGACCACACCAUUACUUUAACAAAUGAUGGCCUGAUUUUUGUAUGGGGCUCAAAUAUUUUUGGGCAGUUGGGUCUGGGAAGGAACACUGAUACCUACCAGUACCUGCCAGAGUUGGUCUCAUGUCUGAGAGGCAUCCCAGUUGCACAGGUAGCAGCUGGUGGCAACCACAGCUUCAUUUUGUCUAAAUCAGGGGCUGUUUAUGGCUGGGGUAAAAACAGUUUUGGCCAACUGGGUGUGAAUGACACAGAAGACUACAGGUUACCACAGCAAUGUAGGCCUAUUAGAAGCCAGCGAAUCAAGUACAUCUGUUGUGGGGAGAAUCACACUGCGUGCUUAACUAAGGAUGGCCGCGUGUUUACUUUUGGUGAUGGAAGUUACGGUCAACUUGGUCAUAACAGUAACAAUGAUGAAAUGUUACCCCGGCAAGUCAUGGAGCUGUCCGGAAGUGAGGUUUCCCAGAUUGCUUGUGGAAGAAAUCAUACGUUAGCCUAUGUCCCUAAAUCUGGCAGACUCUAUGCAUUUGGGCUUGGUGAGAGCGGCCAGCUUGGAUUGUCAAGUACAGAUGACAGAAACAGUCCCUUUUUAGUUCCAGUUCCUUUUGCGCCAGCUAGUGACCAUGAUAAUUCACUGGCUGUCAUGCAUGUCGACAGCCAAGGGCCAGCACUCAGGAUAAAAACUAUUUAUGCUGGGGGUGAUCAGUCUUUUGUUGUUGCUGUGGAUGCAGAUUUGCCCAUAGAAUCUGAUGACUUCAGAACAGAUGAUUCUUCCCGAAAUAUUCUCACCCUUUCCAGGGACAAGAUUGAGAUGUUGCAUUCAUUAAAUCCAACAGAUAUACCAUCCCCUGAGAUUACAGACGAAUUGGAAAAGAUCUUCUCCAGUGCAUCUUGUAUAAAUGGAUCGUUUUUAUUACCUAACGAUGAACACUAUGGGAGUAGUAGCAAGAAACACGGUGUGGACAUGUAUGCAGUUCGAACAUUUUUUCAAGAUCUGGCAGCAAUUAAUAACAUAGCCACCAUGCAGUAUAUAUGCACAAACAUUGAACAGCAUUUGAUCCCCAUGUUGCCUGCUUCCCCUCCAGAUGUUGAGGCCCUUCGUUUGUACCUCAUAUUACCUGAAUGCCAUCUCUUUGACGAGCCAAAGCUGUACAGUGCCGUCAUUUGUCCACUUGCAAAAAGCCUUCUUUCACUGACUCCUGUGGCUCUGAAAGUAUUUGAUUCUUGGUGGCCUUCAAAUGGUUCAUCCUUUUUCAGCCGUUUGGUUUUGAUAUAUAAGCAGUGUGUUGAACACCUGCUGCAGCUGACUGAAACAACUAACUUGUUUGAGGUGAACAAAAGACAAGUUGGUUUGGUGACCUGCCUAGACAUGCUGCAGAAGCUCAGUCAGGUAAAUGAAGACAACAAUCAGAUGAUUCCCUACAACAAAUUUUAUGUAUCAGAUAUACAGGAGAGAGUCAAUAUCCGUGCAGACUAUAUCAACUGGGUACAGAAAACAACCAAUCGUAUUAAAGUAGGCGGAGUCAUGAUUCAGGGUCUUUAUUUCUGCAACUAUCCAUUCCUCUUUGAUGGGGCAGCAAAGAGUGUUAUACUCCAGACUGAUGCAACUUUACAGAUGCAGUACGCAGUCGACAGUGCCCAGCGCCAGAAUGUUUGGAGCUUCUUCUCCGGGCUUGCAACACAACAGCAGCCUCAUGAUCCAGUGAGCCCAUGUUUUAUUCUGAUCAUCACAAGACAAAAUCUGGUCCAAGACACUCUCAGACAGUUGCAGGGAAAACAAAGUGCACAUUUCAAGAAGCCAUUAAAG